AAAAGUCGAAUUCCGCUGACGCUUUCCUUUUUUUUUCCAUUGCGCCUUUCUCUGCUGCUGCCCUUUCGUUACAUUGUAAUUUCCACAUUCAAAGCCUCUACAUACAGAAAUGAGCCGCGCAAUCUACCUGUUCCGCAACAUUCGCACAAAGCAGGUCCUGGCAAGCAUGGACAAAACCCUGCUUUCGCACGAGCGCCUGAUCGCCGGGCAGGUGCCGCAACAGCCUUUGCGCCCGCAGAAGAUCCGCCCCGACCACUGGACGCCCUUGGCCGUGCUUUCGGGCUUCCAGACCGACUCGGCCCUAAACACCGCCUUCAGCCUGGCCAGCAUGCCCGGCUUCCCUCUGCGCCCGCCGACUGCACAGGAGCAGCACGAGUACCGGCUGCUGAAGAACAAGCACAAGCGCCUGCGUGACCUUGAUACCACCGAGCGCCAGGUCGCACAGCUGGCGCGGUCGCUGAUUUACAUGGAUCACACCAGCUCCCAUGUGGUGCCCAAGGAGGGCAAGCUGAAGCUGUUCUGGCAGGACCGCCAAUGGAUCGGAAAGGUCGAGGACGCCUGGGCUCAAGUUCCCCGAGUGGAUCGAGCAUGACGAUCUGGAUCUGAAGCGCGGCAACAUGAUCACGAACAAGGAGCUGCGCGGCAAGGCCCCCAAGAGCUGAGCCUGGAAAUCAUGCUUCCUAGAAAAUAUAUUUGUGAACGUAAAAAAGAAAGAAACGAGCAAAGACCGAAAGUAGAGGGGAGGAAAAGCACAAACCACAGCAACCUGUAGUAGCAGCAGCGGCGGUGGUAAUAGUGGUAGUGUAAGGGCGAAAAAGGGCCAGCAUGAACCCCCCUUCGUGGAGAGAUAU